AUGGAGACAAUUUUUCGAUGGUCUAGAGAAGCCCCCAAGUAUGAUAAAGAAGAGUUGUGUACUCUUGAACUCCACCACUUUGGUAUGUUGGAGAAUGGCGUGUAUGGAGGCAAAGUAUGCUAUGUUGACAACUGUAUUCAUGACUAUCUGUCAUUAUUGGAUUUAAAGAAAAUUGGGAUAGAUCUUGGAUACAAAGUUGAUAUAACACAAAGGGUUACAAGCUUAAAAGUUUACUAUAAGGGGCCUGUAAAAAGUGGUCAGUAUGUUGUGAAUGAGGUUGUAAAUGAUAGUUGUAUUCUAGGAUUGGUUGGGAGCAUUUCAUCAGAUCAGGUAUUGGUGUUGUAUUACCAUGAUCAUACUCAUAACAACGAGCUAGAGAGUGAAGAUAAAGGGCAACAACAGCACAGUGAAGAUGUUGGCAAUGAAGAUGAAUAUGAAGAGGAAGAUGAGGAAAAAGAGAAUGUUAUUGUUGACAGUGAUUAUGAAUUAAGUGAAGAAGAAGAAGAUGGGAUGGUGCUUGUGGAGGUGGUGGUAGUGAUAGCAUGGUGGUGGAGGUGGCAGCAUGGUGGUGGUGGUGGUGGUGUUAGUUGUGAAGGUUUUGGAGGAGGUGGUGGUUGUGGUGGUAGUGGUGGUGGAGGUGGAGGUGAAGGUGGAGUUGGUGGUGGUGGUUGUGGUGGAGGUGAAGGUGGAGUUGGUGGUGGUGGUGGUGGUGGUGGCGAUGGCGGUGGUUGUGGAGGUAGUGAAUGUGGUGGUGUAAGUGGUGGAGUUAUAUGUUUUUGGCGAAAAAAAGCAAUCCCAAACGGGGCCUUAAUGAAGCUACAGGGGAUAUAUCAGAUGAUGAUGAAGAUAGUGAUCGACUUCCUUCUUAUGUUGAUAGCUCUGGUGAUGAGGAAGAAAGUGAAAAAAACAAAGACAAGCAAGAGGAAAUGGAAGAAGACAAAUUUUAAACAGUUUAGGAAAGAAACUGAUUUGAGAAAUCCAGAGUUUAGAAUUGGAAUGCGAUUUGCCAAUAAGGAUGAACUCAAGGAAGCUAUUAAGGAGUAUGCAAUUAUGCAAGGGAGGAAUGUUAAAUUGGUGAAUAAUGAUAAUAAAAGGAUUCAAGCAAAGUGUGCAGGUCACACGAAAUGCCAUUUUAUUCUGUUUGCUUCCAAGAUAUACAGAGAUGAGCAGACAUUUGGCAUAAAGACUCUGUCCUUAGAGCAUGAGUGUACUAGAGUGGACAAACUGAAAUAUACUAAUUCAAGGUGGCUGUCCAAAAGGUUUGCUGACAAGAUUAGGAAAAAUCCUGAGUGGGAUGUAGGGGCAUUCAAGGCUGAGGUUUUAGAAAAGUACCAUAUGAAUGUUUCAAAGCAUAAGAUUUAUAGAGCAAAAAACUUGUCCAAGGUGAUCAUUGAAGGCAGCUAUGUGGAACCUCUGAUUGGUAUAGAUGGUUGCCAUUUAAAGGGACCUUACACAUGGCAAGUUUUAACAGUCGUUGGUGUUGAUGGGAAUAAUGGACUGUACCCAGUUGCUUAUGUUGUUGUAGAGCAAAAAGGUCUAAUACCUGCAAUUGAGACAUUGCUUCCAACAGCUAAGCACAGAAUGUGUGUUAGGCAUCUUUACAGCAACUUCAGGACAGAACAUGCUGGCCAUGCAUUGAAAAACAUUCCUUGGGCUGCGGCAAGAGCAACUACCAUUCCCUAUUUAAGAGACAAGUCUAUCUUAACAUGUCUAGAAAUGAUUAGAGUUUAUAUCAUGUUAAGGAUGGAUAAUAGAAGGAUUGCUGGUACGGUUUGGAGACAUCCAAUUGGGCCUAGGAUUGUCAAGAUCAUUGAGAAAAACAAGUUGGGAGCUAGUCAAUGCAUUCCUAGAUUAGUAGGUGAGAGCAAAUACCAAGCAAAUGUGUUUGACUAUGCACAUGACUGCUAUAAGAAAACAGCCUACCUGAGUUCAUAUGAACCUAUGGUACGCCCAAUACCAUCUAUGGACCAAUGGCAGAGAACUAAUUGGCCUCCAAUUAAACCUCCUCCAUAUAAGAAGCAACCUGGAAGACCUAAGAAAUUAAGGAACAAAGAACCAGCUGAUGUUGAAGUACCUGUUCCAGUUCCUCCAAACCCUUUGCCUCCAUUUUACAAUCCACCACCUACUAAGCCAUUCCUAAUUAGCUCAACCAAUGAGCAGUUGGCUCUUCUACAGUCCAAGGGGCAGCUCAGGCCGUUCCUAAUCAGCCCAACCAAUGAUCAGUUGCCUCUUCUACAGUCCAAGGGGCAGCUUAGAGGGAGAGGUAGAGGAACUACUAUAGGAAGAGGGAAAGGAAAUGGGAGAGGAGAAAUGCCAACUGGAAGAGGAAAUGUUGGAAAUGGGACAACAGAAAUGCCAAACAAUUUCUCAUCAUCACAACCACUCCCAUCAGCAUCACAGCCAGUCUCUUACACUAGAGCUAUAUCAUCAUCAUCACAACCACCUAAGUCUCUUGCCAAGAGAUUCAAGUCUCCUGCCAAGAAGCUUAAACCAUGGAUGUUUUGA